AUGACGAGUAAGCCAUGGCUCUUAUUUGUUCUGCUUCUAAUCCUCUCUUAUUACACAUCAUGCUUCUCCGUAGCUGGUGAUACCCUUUCGGCAGGUCAGUCUCUUUCAGUGGGCGACACCUUAUUAUCUCAAGGUAGCAAGUUUGAGCUCGGUUUCUUCUCACCAGGCAGUUCAUUAAAAUUCUACCUGGGCAUAUGGUAUAAAUUUUAUUUGGAUGAAUCGUAUAAAAAUUUUAAUGAGAAGAACGCUGUUUGGGUAGCAAAUAGAGAAAACCCUUUGUCUGACCCAUCUUCCUUAAGACUUAACCUCUCAGAAGAUGGCAAUCUACUCCUAUUUGGGAGUUCCUCCAACAUCCCAUUUUGGUCGACAAAUUUGACAUUUACCGGGUCAAAUUUAACUGAAGCAGUACUUCGUGAUGAUGGGAAUUUUGUUUUGAGAGAUAGGUCAAACCCGUCUACUAUAUUUUGGGAAAGUUUCGACCAUCCAACCGACACAUGGCUGCCAGGUGCAAAGCUUGGGAUUGAUAAGGUUACUGGAAAACCAAAGCAGCUCAUCUCAUGGAAAAAUAAAGAAGAUCCAGCACCUGGUGUGUUCUCGUUCGGGCUAGACCCAAAUGGAAGCAAUCAAUAUUUCUUAGAGUGGAACAGAUCCCAAAUCUAUUGGAGUUCUGGAGUUUGGAAUGGAAAAACUCAAAACUUUGCCUUUGUUCCUGAGUUGACAUCGAAUGUUCUGGUCCUCAACUUCAGUUUUGUGUCAAAUGAAAAUGAAACAUAUUUUACUUAUUAUCUUUAUGAUCCUUCUUACCGUUCUAAAUUUGCGAUGAAGUCUACAGGAAAUAUCCAGCUAUUGGCGUGGCUGUCUGGCCCUUUGUAA